UAUCAACAAACACUGUCAUCAGUCCCAGACGAAAAGAUUUUGUUUGCAAAUUGUAAAAUGGAGUUUCUUAGAGACUUCCUCGGGGCAUUGCUCCGCCGCGACCAAGCGGAGACGACGAUAGAGCUAAUCAAAGACAGGGUGAGAGUCACAAACGAAAAUGGUCGUUUGGGUGCGAACGGAGCUUUGCUGCUGGUGACGGUCAUCCUCAUGGUUAUUGCUUGCUGGAGACGAAGGCAAGCCUUUCUAGUAUUCCAGGUCCGGGGCAUAAACGGGCCUAGGCCCAACUUCUUGAUUGGUAAUCUGCAGGAGACCAAAGAUGGAAUGAGCGAUGCUAUCCGUGAUUGGUCAAAGAAGUUCGGCAAGACAUACGGGUUCUUUGAAGGUCCACUGCCCAUGUUGGCUACAUCCGAUAUUGAAAUUUUGAAGCAGGUUUUCAUCACUCAACAUAGCAAAUUUGCUGCCAGAAAGCCUUUGCCAGUUGGUGAGGGUCCAGAUGGAGAGGAUAUCCAUAUUGCUUUCGCACACGGUCAAAGAUGGAAGAAGCAACGGGACAUUAUGUCGCCAUUAUUUAGAACCAGCAAUUUAAAACAGAUGUUGCCAGAGGUUCAGAAGUGUAACGACAAGUUCAUGAAGGUCCUUGAGGACAGGCGAUUGGAGAGCAAGCCGUUUGAUAUUUACAGGGAAUUCCAAUCCUGCACGUUGGAGACCAUCUGCCGGGUGGGUUUCGGGCUCGAUUGCGAUGGAAUGGACUUCGAAGCUUUCAGAAGACUCUGCAGAGAUUGCUUUCAGUCUAUCACUCCGGAGGGCUUAAAGAAGAGACCCGUGUUCCUCAUGUCCAUUAUUCUGGGAGUUAUCUUUCCCAGCUUGAAGGAAUACUGGAACAAGAUGCAGAUGGCCUUUCACAACAAUAAAAUUGACACCAACCCUUCAAUCAUCCUUCAGGAAGCAAUCAAGGGCAUGAUUGAAGAGAGGAAAAGGGAAGCGUCUCUCCGAGGAGAUUUCUUACAACAACUCCUAGACGCAUCAGACUACAACAACAAUAAGUUCAAGGGAAAGAAAUCUCUUGAGGCGGGGGAACUUUAUGCCAACUCGUCCGUAUUUCUGUUGGCUGGGUAUGACACCACCAGCACGACCCUGGCCUUUGCCGCCCAUGCACUGGCCAUCCAUCCUGAGAUGCAGAGGAAGAUACAGGAAGAAAUCGAUGAAAUAGUUGGCGAUGAGGCCACCUUUACAUACGAACAACUGAAAGAACUAAAAUAUCUGGACAGAGUGAUCUCGGAGGUCCUGAGACUGCAUCCCGUUGCACCAAGUGGUGUAACCAGGAUGUGCAUUGAAGAAACAACCGUGAAAGGCAUCCACUUCCCUCGCGGUCUUUCAGUGGUAGCAGACGUUAGGACGUUGCACUCCGAUCCAGAGCUAUGGGGAAACAACCCAGAAGAGUUUGACCCUGAUAGAUUCCUCCCAGAAAAGAAAGCCAGCCGCAACUCAGCAGCAUACUUGCCAUUUGGAAUUGGGCCAAGACAUUGCAUCGGAAUGAGAUUUGCCUUGGUAGAAAUGAAGCUGAUUUUAGUGACAUUAUUACGAAAGUACACGCUCAGUCGAUGCGAAGAAACGGUUGUUCCCAUGGACGUUUGUGAGUCGGCCACCUUACUGAUUCCAAAAGAAGGUGUAAUGGUUAAGGUGGAAUUAAGAGACUGAGCUAAUGACAAUCAAUUUGAUGUUCUCUUAUUGCUGCGUGUGUUCACAUAAAAAAACUGCCUCACCUCACGGUGCUAUUGCAUAACCGAGGAAUGAGAAUUGUGCUGGGUGGUUGUUCUUUCCUGGAGCUCUCGUGGUACAAUUAAACCAGUUCUUUCGGGACGGUUUCGUCAAAAAGGGCCACCCAUUAGGCCUACAUCACGGGAAGGACGUAGGGGCCUAUAGUUGAGAAGACAGCGGAUCGAAUUACCGUCAAAAAGUUGUAAAUAUAAA